CAAACACACCGACAACUCUUAUCAUCCUGUCUCUCUCUCUCGAUACUAAACGCACUUGACAUCAUGUCUGUACCCCUCACGGCCGUUUUCAUCCGAUAGCUCGAGAAGACACGAGAUCCUACGCCCGUCAAGAAAUUCCGUCAUCGGUCGUACAAGACGAGAUGAAGCACGAAGACUACAAGGUCGGAUGGAUCUGCGCCCUGCCUACGGAGCUUGCAGCCGCCGCCUGCAUGUUGGAUGAGCUCCACAACCCGUUGCCUCAACCAGCCACCGAUGAUAACAACUACACUCUGGGUCGGAUUGGGCCUCAUAAUGUGGCGAUUGCGGGACUUCCGGCAGGCGUGAUGGGUGUCACCUCGGCUGCUCGUGUAGCCGAACAAAUGCGAACUUCAUUUCCCUCUAUGAGGUUUGGCCUGAUGGUCGGGAUUGGAGGCGGAGUGCCGAGUGACGAUCACGAUAUUCGACUAGGGGAUGUGGUAGUGAGCAAACCAGGCGACACAUCAGGAGGCGUCAUCCAGUACGACUUUGGCAAGACAGUGAAAGAGUGUCGCUUUGUGCGGACCAGUUCCCUGAAUCGUCCUCCGGAUGUUUUGUUAAAGGCCGUCACCAAUCUGCAGGCACGACACAUGUACGAAACGUCUCGCAUCCCGAGAAUCUUGUCCGAUAGCACGGCUCGAUGUCCUCUUCGCAAACAAGCAUGCUCCUAUCCCGGCGCGAGCUCAGACCAGCUCUAUUGCUGGAAAUAUGACCACGUCCAGCAACAAUCGACAUGCGCUCAGUGUGAUUCAAGCCAACUCGUCAAUAGGCUUCCACGACCAUCCAAUGAUCCAGUAAUGCACUAUGGCUUGAUCGCUUCGGGAAAUCAGGUGAUGAGAGAUGGCGUGACACGCGAACGACUUCGCAAAGAACUAAACAUACUAUGCUUCGAGAUGGAGGCGGCAGGGCUUAUGGAUACAUUUCCAUGUCUUGUAGUGCGCGGGAUCUGUGACUAUGCAGACACCCACAAGAAUAAGCAGUGGCAAGACUAUGCCGCGGCAACGGCUGCAGCCUACGCCAAGGAGCUCCUCGGAAUCACUCAUAUUCACGGCAAUGUUGGUAAUGAGGGUGCAGAGAAGAAUAUCUACAGAGGUAUCCAAAAACUAAACCCUAACAUCGCCUCUGACCGCGAAACAUUGUACCGAUAUUUUCUCUCUUCACUUUCCACAGAUCCUAUCCCUCGCGAUGACCAAUGUGCUCGACAAGCCCACUACGUCAGCGAGCAUAUUCUCUCGAAGUUUCACCGAGCCGGUCCUUGGGGAUUGUGCCUACGUAAAUACCUGGAGGACGGAAACCCCUUAAAUAUCCGAGAUUUCGAGGGUAAAACACCUCUUCAUCAUGCAGUGGUGACGAACUACGACAGAGAUGAUAAGGUGAGGGCGUUAGUGGAGGCGGGAGCAGAUAUAGCCAUGAAGGAUUUCAUGGAACAGACGCCUGUCGAUCUUGCGAGAGGCAAGAAUGAACAGAUCUUCAUAUUUCUCUUAAAGACGUGGCAGAAAUCGGUUGUGGCAGAACAGCGGUAUCAGGAUAAGAAAUAGAAUAUCAUCUUGUAGCCCUCGUAAAUUUCGAGAGGGGGAAAUUAAGAGCGACGGGUUAGUUCAGGGGAGCAAUAUCAGUGAC